CCCUAUUUAUAUCCACCAUUUCCUUUCUCUUCCUUUGUUCUUCUUCUUCAAAGUUCUUAUUCCCAUAAGCCUUCUUUCACCUCUUCUUUUUGGUUCUUUCUCUCUCUAAUUUGGUAGUGUGUUUUGAAGGUUUAAGGGCAGAAAUGGAGUUCAAAAACCAAGAACAGCAGCCUCAACCACCUAAAUAUGAAUGUCUUCUUUUUGAUGUGGAUGACACCCUUUACCCUCUCAGUUCUGGCUUGUCUAAACAAUGCACCAUAAACAUUGAAGAGUACAUGGUUCAACAACUUGGGAUAGAAAAAGAUGAAGUUUCAGAGAUGAACCAGUUUUUGUAUAGGAAUUAUGGGACAUCCAUGGCUGGCCUUAAGGCUAUUGGUUAUGAGUUUGACAAUGAUCACUAUCACAGCUUUGUUCAUGGAAGAUUACCAUAUAAUAAUCUGAAGAGUGAUCCGGUUCUUAGAAAUCUCUUGCUUAGUUUGCCAAUUCGCAAAGUUAUCUUCUCGAAUGCGGAUGAAGUUCAUGUUGCCAAAGUUCUAAGUAGGCUUGGUUUAGAGGGUUGCUUUGAAAAGAUCAUAUGCUUUGAGACUCUUAACUCCUCUGAUUUUGACUCUGCUUCUGAUGAUGGCUCUGUAUCUGAUUCCAAAAACUCGACGAACAGCGACUCAGACGACACGCCUCCACCACUCCCCGUCACUCCGAUUCUCUGCAAACCAUCUCCACAAGCAUUUGAAUCUGCUCUCAAGAUAGCUAACAUUGACCCCAAAAGAACAUUGUUCUUUGAUGACAGCAUCCGCAACAUAAAGACAGGGAAAUCCACUGGCCUUCACACAGUGCUGGUUGGAUCAUCCAAUAGAGGCAAUGGUGUGGAUUAUGCAUUGGAAAGCAUUCAUAAUAUAAGGGAAGCUUUGCCAGAGCUAUGGGAAGUGGAUGAGAAGAUGAAGAACACAAGGCUUUCUGGAAAAAUUGCAUUGGAGACAUCAGUUGUAAUGGCCUAACUAACUAAUUAAGAUAUAUUUUAUUAGCCUAAUGUAAUGGAGUUUGGAUGUUAUAUUAAUCCACAU